GCACCAUUACUUCGGCGAUUUGACAGGUCAGCUCCGAGCCACUUUUUUAGCUUUGCGAGUAGCGUAUUUUCAUUUUAUUUUGUAUUAUCCUUUCAUUUACGCGUAAAAAAUAAUAUGUAUGUAGUGGUAACGGUAGUGUGAUUUGUUUAUUAGAUCGUUUGCAAGUGCACUUACAGUGUUACAUAAACUAUAGAGAGCUAAUCGUGUCGGCGAAUCGAUGCACAUAACUACAUAGUACGUCAGUGGACGAAUGGUGGCCGAAAGAUAAUGGAUGUGGACGCUCCUAACAUAUUGAAAAGGUGCAGCAGCGCCCCUCUGAUCAAUGAGGCGGCCUCUACGGCGGCCACCUCCCCGACGACGAAUACUACGCCGAGGAACACGUCGAUCUUCAACAUGUUCGGCAACAACAACGUGUCGCGGACGCGGCGGUUCAGUAGCGGCAGCUUUAGCCCGCUCGCGCAUGCGCAAACACCGCACGUCAACAUUACUAACUCGUGGGGCCCCCGCAUGGGCCGCGUGAACCAGCUGCGCGCGGAGGAGUGCGCGGACGUGAGCAACACGCGCGAGGUCGCGCACGAGAGGGAGGUGCACUCCGCCAUGCAGAUGGGACAGUCGUGCGAGGACCUCACGCUCGCCGGGCUGGCCAACUCACCCACUAGGAUACCUAGGUUUUCCCCGGUGGUAUCACCGUCGCCCACGCGGAAGUACACGACGCGCCGGAGCCUGUCCCCCAUCGCGAUCCGAGCGUCGAGCUUCAGUCCAGUGAACAGGCCCAACGUGCUGGCGGGCAAGCGGCGCUGGGACGAGGCCGACCCGACGCUCUCCAAGCGCAUGUGCACGUCGGACCGACUCACCCCGUCCACCCCGGGCACGCCGGACUCGGACUCCCUGGAGUGCACGUUCAGGCCGGUGUCGCCGCGGGCACAGCCCAUGAUAGAGCAUGACACGCAAGAGGAGAACCACAAGUCCGCCAACACCAGCUAAUAGAGUGCUGGGUAUGGGGUUUUGAUUUGAUAUGAUUUUGGUAUUCAAGCGGGGUGGUAUGUUUUGUUUGGUGUUGGUCAUUUAUUAUGCCUAAUUAAAACAAGGUUUUUGAUUAAGAUAAAUGAAUUAAAAAAUCAAAGUAAACCAAACAAAAACAAAAAUAGAUGUUUAGUCAAUACUUUGAGUGCAGAGUUAUAAGAAAGCUGUCAAAUGAUAGCAGCCAACCCCAGAGAAAAAUAAUUUUAACUCCAGAAUAAACCGUCAGCUUGAGAUCACUGUAUUCAGUCGUAACACGAUCAUAGUUACUAACAGUAAUGAAAGGCUAUUUACCUGUCAAACCUUUUCCAUUAGGCAUGAUAAGUGACCAACUAAUACAUUUAGGAAACUCAAUAGCGACAUCUAUUGAGUCAAAAAUCAACUAUGCUAUGAGUAUUGGACACCCUGCUCGCGUGAUAUUUUCAAAAGCCAAUAAAAAUUGCUAAUAGGCAUAUAACUCACGCUACAGUGACGUAAUGCACGGCUUUAUUCAAUAUAUGGACGUAAGUGACUUGGUUACAAAGUGCAAGCUAGUGAGUGGGUUUGACUCUUAGGUGUAACUACUUGAGAGUAGCGUCGUUUACCUUUUAUAAGCAUUGCCUAUGCGAGUCAGUUAAUAAUUUACAUGGAAUGAUUUUCGUUUUAUUCGGCCCUAGGCUAUAUCCGUGUGCAAGUUAUACAGCUGAGGUCACCCAUAAUGUUCUAGAAGGUUUCUGUAUGUAAAUAACUAAAACUUGCGUUUUCAUAUUUGAUAAUAGUGAGUUGUCAGAGUUUUGCGACUCGUCAAAGUCGGUCGAGGCGAGUUACUGAUAUGUAAAUUAACAAAAGUAACUUGCAUCAUGUAACCAAGCCAUUAGGCCUGAAUCCGAUUGACUAUUCAAACCUCAUCCGAUGAGACUACGGAAUAAUAUUAAUAUCAAAAGACUAGAUAAACUAGAAUAUUCAAUACGGUACUAACGAAGUCUUCCCGUUAGAUAUUCAGAUAUCAAAGUAUUAAUGUACAUAUUUGUCGUUUUCGGUAUGUAUUUUAUUUCUCUGUAAUUUCUUAUUUAUAAUAUGGUUUAGGGGACGCCUAAUGGCACAUGUUGUUAACUUUAGGGGUUGCCUAAAUUAGUGGAAAUCAGACAUCAGCAUAGCAUAAGACUUACGUAUGCAAACGCCAACUUUAGACGAAAAUGAACUUUAACACUUAAGUGUGGUACUUGAUUCCUUUCCAAAUUCGACUAUUUGUUAGUGUAAGUGAUCCUAAAGGUCAUCUGACCAUCGUUCAUCAGGUAUUAGUCAGAUACAUAUUUACACUUGAUUUAAAUGUGAAAAUUAUAUCAAAUCAAAAUUCCUACAAUCGUGUAGUUAUAGGACGUGUAAGAAUCUAAUAUUAGAUUAUAGGGUUCCAAUGCGCGUGAGUUUGUUCCAAUACAUGUAUAUGGUCACUAACACGUGCAGUGUCAGGGCCGGGACGAGACCGUACGCUGUCAGGCAAUAUUAAAGUAUAUUCAGCUUUUUUCGACAAAUAUACAUUUAUGUAAAUUACGACGAAGCUUUGGUGAGGAAGGUAUUUGUCCCUGAUGACGCACGGUCCUGACAGGGCCCUGACACUGCGCGGACGCAUACUAGAUAGACCUUUAGUUUACAAUAAAUUUAGUUCCUAAUGUAUAUCAGGAAUAUUAGUAUAGGAAUAAACAAUGCCAGUGCCCUAUUGUUAGCCAAAGCAUAAAAACUUUAAUGUAAAUAGAUAUAAGCAAGUAUGGACGAUAUUGUAUAUAUAGGUUAUAUUGUAACUCGUAACGCGAGGGCAACGUAUGUAAAUUUUGUAAUUGUUCGAUGAGUCUCUUCUGCGAGUUACAGGCAAAUGUGUAAAUAAAUUGUGAAAUUAUUGGAGAAUGAAUUCUUGGUAUGCAAUGCGGUCGAGAUAAAGGAAACCGCAAUUUACUUAUACGGGCAUGAACAAUCAUAUAUGGGAUAUUUUCUUAACAAGUUUUAAAGUUACUUCAAAACCAACUUUUUUAACUUAUGGAAGCCAAUUGCUGAACAUGGGCUUUACCCAAAAAAUUCUACACCAUUCUACUAGAAGCGGCCAACCAUUAAAAUAAAAUUUUGCACUGCUAGUUGUGUUGACACCUAAAGACCCAAUAUAAUCGAUUUAUCUUUACUCCGAUCAAACACAAAAUGUGUUAUAACUCAAAGCGCAUUCUCUAACCUCUCAUAUAGUAUAAAAGAAUAGGUCAACAGUUUAUAUUAUUUCGAUCGCAUUGUAAUUGAGCAUGGUAUGUUCUACAUCGUCACUUGGUAAGCCCAAAUCAUUAAAUUAUGCUUUUUCUGGAGCAAUACUAUGUAAGGCUCAAUUCAAUAGAUAACAAAUGGCGAGCAGUUUUAGUAUUUUUCGUAUAUCAUUGGUUGAAAUGUGUGGUGGAAAGCGGCGAGUCUGGUCACAAUGAAAGCUGCUUACCGUGGUGUCAUCCCGUAUGAAUGGAUCUACUGUUUUGACAGUCCAUCGCGCUUUGUUUGAUGUUAUGGAUAAUUAUAAUUAUACUGGAACCACACCGCCAUUCCUAAUUUUCAAUUUGCUCAUUAUAUCAUUUGUGUGUUGAUUGAAUCAGUGCUUGUAAAUUUUUCAUUUCAAUUAACAUUUUUAAUACACUGUGUAUAUUUUUAUUAUUUUUUGUGAACAUACUGUAUAGGGCCUGCAUCGCUCAGAAUGUAAAUUAUGCAAGAAAUUUUAGUGUCCCAAUAUCAAUACAUAUAAUAAAAUCUCAGAUAUUGUUAUUGAAAUUCAAGGUUAUUGAAUUAUUCGAAUGUAACAAUAAAAUAUAUUGAAAGCUCAGGUAUGCAGUUGGCCAUAGAGAAUAACCGCCAAGAUGUUCAUUUAUGUUUGUCAGAAACAAUGAUAAUUGGUGAUUAUUAGCAAAUGCUAAAAUAUUAACUUUUUAAAAUGAAGUUCUCUGUUGUGAAUAUAAUAACUAAUACAAGAAUCCUGGAUUUAUUAACUAUUUAAGAUCCGUAAAUCAACCAAUCAAAAUUAUAAAUUGAUUGUAAUCGCCUUAUAUUUGUUUAUCAAAGUAAUAGAUGUUUAUCUUCCUUUGUCCUAUGCUAAAUUCUAAAUUGUACAAUUAAUAAGGCCAAGUAGACAAGAGACUAUAGAUCUGGCCCCGAGAAAACGUUGCGUGUCAAUGAAUUAUCCGCCGAUUUAUUUAAGGUAAUGUAGUGAUAAGAACGGAACGUCAGCCGCUUAUAUUGUUUUACACAAUAAGGUGGAAUAAGUUUUGCAUAGAUGGUUAAAUAGCUUAAUCCUAAGGCUGUAUAAUUGGUUGUUGUUGACAAUAAUCGUUUAAAUUCGGUCCUCAUUGGUUGGCAUUACUUUCUUUCGAAUAGAUAUUUACGAAAUAUGAAUUAGUAAAAAUGGUGCCUGUGAAAAAUCCUAAAACGAUUGUAUGGUUCACAAUUACAAUACUUGUAUUUUUUCACGUUUUAAAACUUUUGUUUUUUAAUGUGAAUUAAAACUUAUUUGUACUCAACGGCCUGCAGACAGGUUGUGCGGUUGUCUAGAAGCAGUAGCUUAUAUAUUCAAUAACAAUAGAUUAUUGUCAACAGCCGCGCCGCAUCCUCACCAAUACACUCAAGAUGACAUCUUGAUAUACCUCAUGUGAAACGCACUUACGAGCUGUUAUAUGCAUUUUAUAUAUCGUAUUAUGUACAUAGCGUAGUUUACAGACGUUAGGAAGUUCCCGGUUUUGUAAUAAGUUUGUAUGGGACGGUACAUCUCGUCUCGCUAUACCUAAGUAGGUAUGUUUUAUAAUUUUUGUAUGUAUAACGUAGUCAGGGUCUGAAUGUGGACUGCUAAGGAUACCAUUUUGUUUCCGAAUGUGAUUAAAUCACACGAAUAAUC